AGCUCAACAGUGUCGAGCUGAUCUGAAAGUCCAACAAAAUAGGUCCAGGAAGCCCUCUUGAGAGCAUAUUGUUGGUAUCCUGUCAUGUAACCUUAUGGACAUUUAUUUAUUGCGUCGUUUCGUGUCCACCGGAGGCCCGCGGGCUGGGACAAAUGUGGACGCCGACGAGAGAGGAGGGCUGUCUGUGUCUGUGUCAACAUUGCCGGGGAUGAAAUGGUCGUGUUUUUUCUGAAUUUCACUCUAACGGUUAGAUCCAGGCAACAUUAAACUUUCAAAAUGAGGAUCUUCGUGUCUCUUCUGAAAAACACUAACCCCAAAAUCGAGUAUUACUCCAGAUUUUCUCCGUCCCCGCUUUCCAUUAAGCAGUUUUUGGAUUUUGGCACGAACAAUGCGUGUGAGAAAACAUCCUAUAUGUUCCUGCGUAAGGAACUGCCCGUGCGGCUCGCCAACACCAUGAGAGAAGUCAACCUGUUACCUGAUAACCUGCUCGGUCAGCCCUCCGUUAGACUGGUCCAAAAAUGGUACAUGCAGAGUUUUGUGGAGCUGCUGGAUUAUGAGAAUCGAAAGCCAGAGGACCCACACGCUCUGAAUGAUUUCCUGGAGCUCUUGAUUGAGAUCCGUAACCGCCACAAUGACGUGGUUCCCACCAUGGCUCAGGGAGUCAUCGAGUACAAGGAGAGGUUUGGCUUUGACCCCUUCAUCAGCAGCAACAUCCAAUAUUUCCUUGACCGCUUUUACACCAAUCGCAUCUCUUUCCGCAUGCUCAUCAACCAGCACACUCUCCUGUUUGGUAAUGACACCAACCCUGCUCACCCGAAACACAUAGGCAGUAUAGAUCCUAACUGCAGUGUGGCUGAAGUCGUCAGUGAUGCCUAUGACACAGCCAAGAUGCUGUGUGAGAAGUACUACUUGGCUGCUCCUGAACUCAAGAUUGAAGAGUUCAACAUGAAGGCCCCUAAAAAGCCCAUCCAGGUGGUGUAUGUGCCCUCUCAUCUGUUCCACAUGCUGUUUGAGCUCUUCAAGAACUCAAUGAGGGCCACUGUGGAGCUCCAUGAGAACAGUAAAGAGGGAUUGCCACCAGUAAAGGCAAAAGUCACUCUGGGUAAAGAGGAUCUCUCCGUAAAGAUCAGUGACAGAGGAGGAGGAGUUCCUCUGAGGAAGAUAGACCGUCUGUUUAACUACAUGUAUUCCACUGCCCCUACACCAAGCCUGGAGCCAGGAGCUGUCCCCCUGGCCGGUUUUGGCUAUGGUUUACCAAUUUCUAGGCUCUAUGCCCGAUACUUCCAGGGGGAUCUGAAACUCUACUCCAUGGAGGGUGUUGGCACGGAUGCUGUCAUCUAUCUGAAGGCCCUGUCCAGCGAGUCCUUCGAACGCCUGCCUGUCUUCAACAAGUCAGCGUGGCGGCAUUACAAGACCAGCCCUGAGGCAGAUGACUGGAGUAACCCCAGCAAAGAGCCACGUGAUGCCAGCAAGUCCAAAUACAAAGCCAACAGAUAACUCUGCCUGGCCUGCUAGCCCAGCCCUCUGCUGGGAGUUGAAAUGCCUGCACUCUGCCUAGAGCAUGUGUGAUGAAAUGUUGCGCUUGGGUAAAUGCUUGGUUUAGGAUCAGACUGGCUUUUACAUUCCAGUGGUUAAAUCUUUGGAGAAGAAGGAUGACCUUGACUUAAAUCUGUACCCAAGGGCAAUGACGUUCAUCAGUGUAGCUUUUUAUUGUUGUGGCAUUACCACUGGCUCUCCCACAAUGGAGUUUAAAAUGAACUUCUUCCAAAUUUUGGAUCCCCCCCAAAAAUUGGUUAUUUAGGUGAAUAUUUCCAAAUGUAGACUCCAUUUCUCCUCUGUCUGACCAUUACUUCAACCUGGAUUCACUGCAUCACUGUUAUCUCUCCUGUUGUCUCCCGCAUAGUCGGCUUUGCUGACUAGGCCGCUGUUUCCUGUGGCUGAAUCAGCCAUGCACGGCUGAUUGAGUGUCUUUCUCGCCAUCAGUGAAGGCUUGUAUUCUGUUUCUCCCUCUCAAACACAAGCAGAGUCAGGGAGUUUGAGUUUCAGUGCAAAUGGGAAAAGGAGGAGGUUUGAUUUCCUUCCUUUAAGAGAUACUUUUGACUCACCGUACAAUUAGGCCAGUGUGUCAUUGGCAUAGUAAAUACUUGUUUUGUUUGCAGUCUAUUCAAGCCUGGGAAAUGAAAGAGGAUUACCUAUACAUGAGAGACAGUGAUAGCUCUUUUACAGGAAGCAUUGCAUUGGAAGUACACCUUAUUAAAGAUCUAGAAGUCAGUAUUUUUAUUCUAUGUCAUUGACAGAAAGCCUUAUAUCUAAAUACAUAUACAGUAUAUGAUUUUAAAAAAAAAAACAAAUCUGCCUUGAAGGCUUUACUGGAACUUAAAGUUCAUUUAUAAAGGGAGAAUGUUAGAAAAAGAGGUGUUUUUUGUUUAACUUUUACUGCUUCACUUUCAACCGCCCAUCCAUAGAGUGUUAACCAGCAAUACUGACCCUCAUCAGACAUCUGUGCUUGCAAGCCAGCUCUGCACCCUGAUUUAACACCUUACUAAAGGACCAAAGGCGCAUCUGUAGGAUGUUUAUGAAAUGCCACCAUGCCAGCUUUGUCUGUCAAGUAGCUUCAACCACACCAGCAUGAUGUAUUGUAUGAAUCCUCAAAGAGAGGAAUGGACUUAAUGCAUCUCACAAGGACUGUAAAUGUGGGAAAACAUUAUGACAUCCCCUUUGUGCACCUCAUCCUGCAAACAUGGUGAAUACACAACAUUGUCAUCCUAACAGUGCUUCAUGCAGUCAGCCUUGUGUGUCACUGGUAGUAUUACUAAUCCUCACGGUUUUCUGAAUGAGCUUGAACAAAGCUUGUGUGUUUUGAAAAUGUGCUUUUGUUUUAUAAUUAUGAGUGAAAUGACAGAAUAAGAAGAUACAGCUAAAAAAUAGAAAAAUAAUUAAUUUGUGACAGAUUUUAAUUUAUUGUAUCAGGAACAAAGACAGUUAAUUGUUACUUUUAAUCUUUGACAUCGGAACAGAAAUACUUUUUAUAAUGUUUUAUCGCUUUUUCUCUGAUUACUUUUAAAACUUCGUCAUUUUUCAUUAUUUAUAUGCUAGGAAGUUAAGCAGCACUGAAAUCUGAGUGUAUGGGAAAGACAGCAGGGGAAAAUGUGGUUAGACGAGCUGAGCUCCCAACCACUAAAGCAUCUCUGGGUACUGAAACAUUGCGUCAUACCAUCCAAUUUCUGUCACACGAAUCAUGUUCAGGAACUCUAUUAGUGCACUUUACUAACUGUAAUAUAUUUUCCUUCAAAUAACUCAUACAAUCUAUUCAGACCUCUUAUCAAUAUUUUUAUGGAAGAUAUAUUAUGAUCACAUCCCAGGUUAAAACUUUAUAAUAGCAACAUCACUUUUGGAGGUACUGAAAAAGACCAAACUUUUCCAACAUGCACCAAAAAUGGACCCAUUUGUUAAAAGCAGAUGAUGGGGAAUUACAAUGAUCUGAAGUGACAUCCUUCUCUCAUCUCCUUUAGCUCCAUCUGAUGUGAAAAGAAAGGAGUUUAGAUGAAGAAUUUUGAGAGACGCUUCCGUAUGGAGAGUUUCCUCAUCCUGUAGGUUCUUCGCUUUUCAGCCACACUGUAAGAUUUCAUCACUGCCAAUGCCUUUGUGACCUGCCAGUCUCACUGAGUGAUGCUCAGUGACAAACCUGCUAUAAAGGAAGUGUUUUGUUAUAGGCUUGAGACAACAGUCUUGUUCAUUUAAAGGCCUCAGUUCAGUAAAAUAGUCAUAAUCACAUCUAACAGCUAGCGAUCAAUUCCUUGAUUUAGAGGCCCAAAGAUCUUCCACCUUCAGUAGUUGUCAACCUUUACUGUUAAAGAAUGUCUCUGUACCUAUGGUAUUUUAGAAAACAUUGUAUAUAACUAUGAAUAAUGUCUAUGCUGUAUAUGCAGCCAGCGUGAAGUGAUGGCUCUGUUUUACUGUACCUCCAGCUUAAAACAAUGUAUUUGUAUGCAUGAACUCCUCACUGUGGAGGCAGUCAUGCAAAGAUAUGCAAAUAGUACAAAAUCAACACACACCAAAAAGGUGAUAGAACAGUCUUAUAAUGUGAUUCAGCAUGAAAUCAACUUACAAUACCUAUUGUCAAACCUGACAAUAAAGAAAAUUGCUGUUGUGUGUAA